AUGGUCCGCUUCGCGAUGGGUCGUGAGAUGAUGAGACAUCGCAGGCAUGUCGCAAUACCUCCUCCUACGCCGCCGAACGAAGAAUACUGCGUGAAUCAGUCAGUCGGACAGUCACUUCUGAGCGAGAUCCUUCCACAGCACAUUAAACAGGAGAAUGUUGUCACAGACUUGCCAAGGGAAAACUGGAAGGAAGUCAUCGAGAUGGCUAUCGAUGCACAAGAGAAUCACUUGACAAAAUUCCUGGACGAAUUUUCGGCAGCCAUGGAACCUCCGCUACAGCCACCACCUGGAAAACAGGGCUGGAAUGACUAUGCUACUACGGCUCCAGUCGCGGCUGUCAUCGGCACUUUCCUAUCUGCCAGACAACUGCAAUGCAUAAGUUUAGGCUCACCACAGUUUCCUUCUAUGGUCAGUAUCUUUGAUGAAGGCGAAGGUCCUUGUCUGGUACUGAAUGGACUCUUGACUCCACGGACAUUAUUACUGUCGCGGUCAUUCAACGAAGGUCUCGGACAGCAUCCGUGUAUGACACCUUUACCAGCAGAUGCAGCAGGAACAGCAGCCAUCGUAGCAGCCUACGCGUAUCUACACUCUAUUCGGGAACAUCUCGUCGGCACGAUCGUCCUGGAAGCUAUCUCCGAUACUGAGGAAGGCCAUCUAGGCACUUGUCACCAUCUGUUACACACGGAUGAGAGGAGCGCACUAUGGAAAGGCGAUUGCAUGAUUACCGCAGCCUCGAGAUCUACUUCACAUUCGCCGAUAUCUUCACCAGAUACAUCAAUCUUCAGAACCGGUACAAGAACCAUCGAUUCGGCCACUUUCGACGUCAAUACCUUGCGUUGGACUGACAAACCGCCGACGAACGCGUUCACAGCUUCGCGUCUUUCAACAACGUGUGCGAUGCAUCCGAUCGCAACUUCCUUAUCAAAUAACAGCAAGCGAAUUCUUGGUUGUCGGCCUAGCAUUCCGGACUUUCAGACCGGCCAUGCGCACGGCUCACAUGCUCGCUUCUGGGCAGAAGUCGGCGUGCCGUCUUUUUGUCUUGGUGUCGGUGGUGUUGACAAUCCUGCAUUCGCACUAUCGAGAGAGCAGACAUCAGAAGGCGACGAUGCAGAUCGUAAUCACAUGGUCGAUUCUGGGAUCCAGGAUGUUCAGAUGAAGGACGAACAUCCAGCAGAGACUACCCGUAUUCAAACGAGAGUGUCAGAGGCGGACCAGAAACAGUGGAUACAGCUUGUAAAAGUUUUGGUGUUGACGGCAUGGGAUCAGGUAGGCUUGGAAUCCACUUGA